GGGGAGCCGCCUGCGGUCCCCCAGCCCGGGCCCAUGGCCGGCGUCCGCGAGGUGCGAGGGCCGCGCCGCGAGUGGCUGAAGACUUCAGGGUAGCCUUGAUCUAGGGACAGCCCAAUGGCCCUGGGUAAGGAAGAGGCAGAGGUCGAAGCGCCUGUGGACACGGACACGAAGGCCCAGGCCUGGGGCAGCAGGUGGAGCUGCGGGGAACAGGGAGAGCUGCUGCCCCGGGGUCCUGAGCCAGAGCGGGCCCUGCACGUCGAAGCUGAGGGGGAGCCAGCGUGGACGGCCGCGGCUGGCCCCAGCUGCGGUUCUGGGGAUUUCCUGCCGCAGGCCCUCAGUGCCGGUAGAAAACCAGUCGUAGAUGGAGCGAAAGCUGCCCUCAGUUGCUCGCCCUCUCCUGCCAGCGUGGGACCUGGAGACGUUCCGCACCGUGUGGGAAGCCAAGAAGGCGUGAAGGUGGAGGAGAGCAAGCCCCCUGCCCCCCAGGAGCUACUACAGAGUGUCAGGGCACUCAGAGCUGCAGCUGUUCGCUCAGGACGGGAUGCUGGUACCGAAGAUGAUGGGUCCCCAGUUGCUUCACCACACCAGCUGGGUCUCAGCCAGCCCCCCCACACCUCAGCUUUCCUUUUCCUGUCACAGGAAAAUUCUGUGGUGAGCCCAGAUUCUCCCCAGCUCUCCAGUGGAAGUGUCUCUGCCUCCUCGAUGGGUAGCAAUCUCCAGGACCAGCAAGAAAAGGCCCAGCUUCAAAGUGGCUCCUUGGCCAAGGCCUCCCUGGGUGUGGGUGGGCCCCGGGGUCCCUCUGCAGUAGAGCCAGGCUCCCAGCUACAGUGGUCAUGCCAGCCUGGAGGUGACGCUGCCACCCUGGGCAGAAGACACCUCUCCUUCCAGGCAGAGUACUGGGCCUGUGUGCUGCCUGAUUCUCUACCUCCUUCUCCGGACCGUCACUCCCCACUCUGGAACCCUAAUAAAGAGUAUGAAGACCUGCUUGACUACACUUACCCACUGAGACCUGGGCCUCGGCCCCCAAAGCCCGUUGACCGCCAUGCACUGGUUGACCCUGUCAUGCAAGAUUCAGGCAUAGAUCUAGACAGCUUCUCGGUCUCCCCAGCAAGCACCCUGAAGUCGCCUACUAAUGUAACCCCUAAUUGCUCACCAGCCGAAGCAUCCACCCUGCCUUUUACUGGAGCCAAAAAGUCAAGCCUUAAGUUUCAGUCCUUGGGAGUAUCCCAGAAGCAAGGCACCAUAGGCUUGACAUCUUGGGGCCACCUUUCCUUGACCCCUCGAACCCCCGGCAGUGGGCAUGUUCCUUGGGAAAGCAGGGCAGCGGCCCUAAGGGGCACAAAGGACUGUGUGCCUACGGGCAUGUGCCUCAAAAUGGACUCUCCCCAGAUGAGGACAAGGGGGAGAGGGCAGCCGUCGCCCAGGUCAGAGCGGGCGAGCAGAGCCGGCCGGAGCGUGCAGUGCGCCGCCUGCGCAGAGCCUGGGUGGAAGUCAGAUGAGGAGGCGCACAGCGAUGACGAGUACCUCGCCCUGCCUGCGCGGCUGGCGCAAGUUUCCAGCUUGGCUUCCUGUGUACGAGCCGUGCCCACCUUUGCAAGCCCGCCUGCCAGGGCUGCUCAGCGGCAGAGCUCCCUGGAAGUGUCAGACAGCGAUGGGCCAGCUUCCCCCACUCUGGACUCCAUCCACACGCAGUGUCCUCCCGGUGCUGUCCUCCAAGAACCCGAGGGCCGGAAGCCCUGCUGCUUGCGCCCCCGGGACUCCACGGGCGAAAGCAGUCCGGUGAGCCAGGCCCUCGGGCACUCCUGUGGACUGCUGAAAACUCCACCCUCGCCAGCUCCGUCCGACAGGUGGCCGCUCUCAGAGCUGUAUGCUGAAGGGCAGCCCAAAGCCUCACUGGUGCAGUGUGUGCAGACAUUCUGCUGUCAGCUGGAAGAACUGAUCCGCUGGCUGUACGACGUCACAGAUGGUGCUGACCUCAGCUCUCCCUCACCCGGGCCCAGUCUCGCCAGUCUCAGGUCUUCUCUGCAGCUCUACCGGCAAUUUAAGAAAGAUGUGGAUGAGCAUCAGUCGCUGACGGCGAGUGUCCUGGAAAAAGGGGAGCUGCUGCUUCAGUGCCUGCUGGACAGCACCCCAGCUUUAAAGGAUGUCCUUGGGAGGAUCGCGAAGCAGUCUGGUGAGCUGGAGAACCAUGCAGAUCGCCUGUAUGACUCCAUCUUAGCGUCUCUGGACAUGCUGGCUGGCUGGACCCUUAUCCCUGACAAGCCAACCGCAGCAAGAGUGCCCGCGUGAAGGAGUUUAGCAUGACGUCAUCUGGGGCAGGGCCGACUCACGAAGACAACUUGGAACAACUCGAAAGGGUCAUGUCGUAGUUAAGGGAGAAGUUUGGCUAGCCCUUUGAAAUGCCCUUCUCAUCUAUGGAGUAAGGCUACCAAGUUACUGUUUGUAUUUACGAUGAAUCCUUCUAAACUAACGUGCUUCCCUACAAAAACCAGGUGGCUUUUCAGGCUUUGGUGAAAGAGCAAAAGGCCCUAUCCCCCCAGCCAAACAAGAGCAGGUAAAACAGCCGAGGUCAAGAAGGCUACUUGAAGAAAGCAGGCUCGUGCUUGCUUCGGCAGCGCGGCUACUAGAACUAGAACAAUUCCAGAGAGGAGCAUGGGCCCUGAGCAAGGCUGGCAUGGAGAUUCAUGGAGGGUUCCUUCCACCUUUGAGAAGAGAAAAGGGCUCCAAGUACUUGAUAGCGUCAGGUAUAGAAAAGGACGAAGGAUAAGACGGUGAAAAAGUUAUUGGCCUGAAACCCUGAGUCUUCACACUUCAUGUAGCCCUUACUUGACACAAGAACAGCAGCAAGUAAACAGACCCUUUACGAACUGCUCUGGGCAUCAUGGCAUCUGUUGUCAUCUUCAUGGCUUAGGCCUCUACAUUGUUUAGCCCCUUAAAAGAAAACACGUUAAGGACCUAGAGACCUGCCACCAUGCUGCAGAACAGCUGUACCAGUAAUGACCAGGCUCACGGCAACCCGUGGAGGACUCAGCCACCCGUCAGCCCUCCUUCCCUUGGGAGGCUAGCUCACAGUCCCGGAAGAGAAAGGACAGGGCUACACCUGGUUUGCCACAGGAAAUCUGCCCACAGCUAAGAAAAAAGGAAGCUUUUUGUUGCUUGAAAGUUUACAUGUCAUUUUUUCCCUUGUCAGGGAAGAAAAAAAAAAAAUCUAUGGAUCAGCAGCUUACUCAAGAGCAUUGAUAUAAAGCUUUAAGCAACUGCUAGUUACCACCAAUUCUACAAAAUGCCUUUUGAAAGUUCUAUUUGGACCUUAAUAUCAUUGAUGGGGUUUUCUGCUGGAAAUAUUCUCAGACUUUAGUCAUUGGAAAAUAAAUAAAUUCUAACAUUAACUAUAAACACUAUUUCACAUGCCUGUUGGCAUAUGGCUUGGUUUACCUUAAUGCUUAAGGGCACUACCUCAGUUGAUGAUUUUAAGAUUCUAGCUUGUUGUGGUGGUGCACGCCUUUAAUCCCAGCACUUAGGAAGUAGAGGUAGGAGGUUCACUGUGAGUUCCAGGCCAGCCUGAGACUACAUAGUGAAUUCCACUAGAGUGAGACCUUACCUUGAAAAAAAACGGAAAAAAGAAAAAGAUUCUACCAUGUCCCUUUUAAUCCCUUACAUGACCUAUAAUGUGCUUUCAAAGACAUCAUCUCCCUAGCAAGUGAUUAUUGACUAUAAGAAUAUGUGGUAAGCAUUCUUUAAAACCUAGGAUUGGUUAAAAAUUGGCAAUUUCUCUGUGAUGUGACUAUACAUUGGAACCUGCCUUACCCUUGAGUGUUAAGAGCUGCCCUUAAGAAUUAAGCCCAUUAGCCAAGCGUGGUGGCUCACGCCUUUAAUCCCAGCACUCGGGAGGCAGAGGUAGGAGGAUCACCAAGAGUUCGAGGCCACCCUGAGACUCCAUAGUGAAUUCCAGGUCAGCCUGGGCUAGAGUGAGACCCUACCUCAGGGAAAAAAAAAAAAAAAAAAAAGAAGCCCAUUCAAUUACUAGUAUUAGUCAACAUAAAAAUCGAAAAUGACAACGUUGUAGAAUAGUCAAAUUAUUACACCAACUGAACAUGUAAUGUGGCAAUGUGUAAUUAAAAGUUAGUUUCAAAUUAUAUUUUUAUUCAUCCCUUUCAAAUGUGAUUUUUUUUUUUUUUUUUUUUUUUGCAAGCUCUGAACCUGCCUGUGAAUGCCACUGAAAGAGUAUCUGCACAGUUGCUGAGUUUAUCUUCAGCUGUGUGAGGAGGUUUUUCACCUAGGGACAUACUGGCAGCACCACUUCCAUGAGCAAAGUGGUCAGGCUGGCUGCCUGGUACACUGUGAUGCCACACUAGAGAGUACUGCCCUGUAAGAUGAGUGAGCCUGGAGUCCACAGUGCCGUGGCGGUUCUAAUACUGUGUUCUUAAGAGUCCUGGCGAGGCUUUAGCAAUGGAGACUUACAGGACAGGGCUAUCGUGAAACUUAAAGGAUGGGUGCCAGGAUGCCAGGACGGCAGUGGGCAUGCUAGAGGGAGUUUCUAUCCAAGGCCACCCAGAGCGUGCCUGCUUACAGUGCUCUUCACUAUGCAAGCUGGUGGCAGCCACGUGUACUCAAAGCAUGGCAGAUGAUGUUUCCUUUGCCUUUGAAAUGUCUGUACUUGAAAAAUGGGAUGUACGUUUUCCAUAGCUGUAGUUAUUGGCAUACACAGGAAAGCAAGUAGUGCAGCAUGCUGAAACACGGUACGUCCUGCUCUUGACGGCCAUUCUGCAGAGAGCACUGCAGUCCCCCGACUCAAGUCUGUAAAUACCGUCACGUAAAAUAGUUCACGUGAUGCUUCUCUUCUAGCCAAGAAUAAGCUGACAGUUUGAACCUCUGCUGUAUCUUAAACUAAAGUGCAUGGCAUCAUUGUAUCAUUUAGUUACUUUUUAAGGUUUGUAAACUCUUUCCCCCUUUGCACUGUAUGGAUAAGGCCAAAAAAAAAUAACUUCAGGAGUUUCCAGUUGCCUUAGAUAAGGAUGAAUAGAUCCAACAAGCACAUCUAUAAGACAAAGUAAACUAUAAUUUUAUUGUGAAAUUCUCAUAGAUGGAAAAUUAAAUUAUUUAUUCUAUCCAUUUCAUUUUACAAUAUUACCACUUAUUUUUGUACCAUGUAUUUCAAUUGCCUGUUUAGUGAAAAAUAAACCUACAAUUUUUGGCUUAUUUUUAGUUGAAUAUGUUAUGUUAUAAUUAAAGUCUUCAUAAUAAAAUGUGUUGCCGACAGCCACAUUCUGAGCCCCCAUGUGAAGAGUGCCUUGGCUACUACCUAAACCAAAGGAAACAAUCUUUGACUUCUGUGAACUUUAAAAUGCUAGUGUUGGCAAGAGAUUUUGUUUCCCACAAUAAGACAAAAGCCAACUCUAGGCUCUCAAAAUUUUCAUACAUGCAAAAAAUAUUACUGAAAUAAAUAUUUCUCUCAUCA